GAGAGCUGAUGGAGCCAGAUGAGAAAGGCAGGAGGCGAGCCCCUCCGGUUGCGCGUCAGCAUCCCCUCAAAUAGAAAUCCGCUGCUGUCACUUCUGCUCCACAUACUGAGAGACGGACGCCGUAACCCCGAAGCAGCAACACGAGAAGGCCAGUUCACUCGGCAUGCGGCUGUGUUUCAUGUGAUGCCAGCAGAGGAGAGUCGGGGGAGGCUGUGAGGAGGCUGGAGCUUUGCAAAGAAUGAUAGUGAGGAUCAGGGCGCGCUGUCCCAGGAGAACUCAUCUGAAGAGCUGGCCGUGAGAGACCGGGAUGCUCGUCUGACGCACCGGGGGCGAGUUUUCCUCAGCAGACUGUCUGCGUGGCAGAGUUUCAGCUCGAGUGCAAGUGAGUGAGGCAGAGGCAGUGGGUGUCAUGGAUGACGUUGAAGAUCCUGAGGGGAAGUCUCGCUACCAGAACCUGCUGCUCCUGGGAGCCAUCGCAGCAGCGUCUGCCUUCGUGGUCACCAUCCUGAUCGUCCUCGUCUGCGUUGGCUGCCAACGGAAAAGCAAGACGAAGCACCCGCCGGCUGGAGAGAAGGGGACGUCUGUGAACAUGCAGGGGACACUCCGGCACCCCAAACUCAACUCCAUGAGCAAAUCUGACACCAGGCUGCAUGAGAUCAACCGCUUCCCCUGCAAUGGAAACUCAGUUAGUAAGAGCCGCCCCGCCAGCAUGGACCUCCUGCUCCUUCACAGCCGGCGCUCCCAGACGGACCUGCGGCCCUCCCACGGGCGCCAGCUCCCGCAGAUCCCCACCAGCCCCCAGGGACCCGGCCAGGGGACGGGAGGGGACGCGGGAGGCGACGGGGGAGGAGGGGGGCGGGGAGGGGGCGAGGCCAGAGAGCACACCUACACCGAGGUGGGGUUACGCAACAACCCCACCCCCACUCACUGCCUGGACGACGGCCUGUACGAGAGUGUAGGAGUCCGAGAGAGCGAAGCGAGCCCCAAGGUGCCCUCGGCCCCCCCGCCCACGUCAGCCAACACCCCAGCCAGCGUCCGGGCCGCUCAGAGCCCCCCAGCCCAUGCCAACGGAGCCCGCAAUGGAAACGGCCAUGGGAAAGCGGGCAGAGGGAACGGCAGGGGCAACGGCGCCUUCAGCAGCCCGGUGGUGGGACGGGGCAACGGGGCGAACGGACCCCAACGCCUCCCCUCUGUCCUCUGCCAACUCUCUGGCCAUUCAGGAGCCAACGGCAGCGGAGUAUGCGUCUAUACGGAAGUUCAAGAAGGUAAAAAUGAAGCAGAGGUCGACAAGACAAACAGGAAGGAAAAUAACGGGGUCGACAGCCAGUCAGACAGCCAAUCGAGCGUGAGCGACUCACCCUCUGCUGCUCCUCCGCCGCUGCACCGCAGUCAGGAGUUCCCACGCAAGCCACUGGAGCCGUUCCACCUGCACUCCUUCCCAAAGGAGCCGGUGUUCAUGGGAAAUGGAGAGCAGUACAUCUGGAAGCCUCCAGAGGACGACGACAUCAUCACCUUACAACCCGCCUCCACUCCGUGGAGAGAAUGGACAGGGGCACCCGUCUCCCCCAACUGCGUCAGGUUGCAGCAUAGAACAAUCCUGGUCAACAUAUUGCUGACACCUACUCCAUUGUGUGUAAAUCCCAGAAGAAGAAACCCCCUAUGGAAAAUAAUGGCGCAAAGACCCUCCCGCGCUCGUUUGGCAACGCUUCCCGGAGCCGAGGCCGAGGAGUCCAGGGCCAGGCACGCUCUCAGGAAGAAACCCUGCUAUGAGCCGGUGGGAGACAGGUCGUGGUCCACAUGCGCCGUGCCCGAGGCAGACCCUGCAUACGCUACUAUUGACACCCAUCGGAAACGUGAGCAGGGGGCAGCGAGUAACAGCACAACUGGGGGUAGUGCCACUCUCAGGAGAAAGAAGCAAACACAGCCGCAGCAGCAGCAGCAGCAGCAGGUCACACCAGCAGCACCUCAAGGCUCAGGAUCCACCGCUGUGCCUGCUAGGAGCCUGCCUGGUGGGGAAAACUUCUAUGAGACCAUCAGUGAUGUGAAGCAAGGGGCCAGUAGCUCCAGCACCACCACCAUCUUCACCUUCAAUGACGGGAUGGAGAUGUACGUCACUGGCCUGUAGCUGACUCUGGCAGGAAGGCCUGAGGGGGAUGUCACGGACAUUCCUGAUCACUGGUCUACAGGUUGCUGUACAUAUACACAAGGCCCUCUAAAGACACACAACAUGACGGUCCAUUCUGUGUUGACAUCAGGUACAAACAGGGUCUUAAUCCAGGUUCAGACUUCCCUUGAUUGGUCUGUACUUCAGAACCAGCCUAAGCCUAGUCCAGCCUAACUAUGGACCAAAUUCAUUUUAACCAAAAAAAAGAAAAGAAAAGAAGAAAACUGGAAUAGACAACCUUCAUCCUAACAUGUCACCUGCCACACUCACCUCUUUGUGCAUCAUUUUUCAUAAUAUCUUUAUUUUUGUAUGAACACUGCAACCUUUAAAGAGUUUGCAGUGUCGAAAUCAAAACCUGAGAAAACACACUUUAAUAUAUUUAUCAAAAGAAUUGUGCAUGUAUUGUUCAAACGUAUACACAUGAGAAAAUACACAGUGGUAGCAAGGACGCUAGCAGUAUUAGGAGUAUGAUGGACACUAGAGGCUACUGUCACUAAAAUAUACAUAGAUGCCUCAUCGUAUGCUUUGACAUAUGGAGAUGAAAACAAAUAUUACAGCUCUCCCUACGCAAAUAUCCAAAACAGGUUCCCUGUGCCUACUGGCCUGCUGCCAGGCACCGUUGUGCGCUUUGUUCUUGCUCUAUAGCACAGCUAUAGAGCGCGGGCAAGUAAAAUUGUCUCAAUAAUAUAUAUAUUAUAUGAUUUGUUACGGAUCCCAUUAUUUGGCAGGUAUCCGUAUCCAGGAGCACAGUAGCACGCUGCAACAAUCCCCCCGCGCACACAGACACACACACGCACGCACGCACGCACGCACGCACACACACACACACACACGCACACACACGCACACACACACACACUUGGCAGAGUCAUGCACGGUGCGCUGGUCAGGUCAGGGACAUCGAGUGAGUUGUACAAGAAUGAUAUGUGUGUCAGCUUUCACAAUACAAGACCUUUACUGUAUUUCUGGAAUAAAUAACAAUCAGAUAUUUUGUAAAUGAAUAAUAAUAAUAAUAAGGAAGUGAAAAAGUAUUUACAGUAACACAGGAUGUUUCAUUCUGUGCAGUUAUUCUGUUUUUUGGGCACCGUAAAUGUUUGGUUGUUGAACCAUUGUCAUUUUGCACAAGACCACUGCAGGGUAGGUUGGUUUGAUUAGGUAUUAAGGUGCUGUAAAGGGCAUUUCCUAGCAUUGUUCUGAUCCAAUCUCUGGUGUCAGGUAAAGCCAGAGCUCCCCUUAACUCACCAGGCUUUAGUCUGGUGGUUGAAAUAGCAACUUGAUACUUGGACUCCUAGAAAAACAAAGAACUGGGCAUAAAUAUGUCCAGCUAGUGUCCUUUGGAAGGUUGCCCCUUGCUGUCUGCUCCCCUCUCUCCUAAAGACUCAGACACGGAGUUCUCUUCCAUGAAAAACAUCAUCUUUCCCAUGUAGCUUUGGAAAGCCGUCUGAAAAAAAGAGAACAUAGUGGAAAAAGCAGUCUUAAUAAAUGGGCUUAAGGGAAAGAGGCAGAUUGAAAGACCUCAGAGCGAGAGGGGAAGGAUGGGAUCAUCACACUGUGAGGUAACCAUGCAAAGAAGCACAGAUUUAGGGAAGUGGGUAACAUGCUGUGGUGUCAGAACGUAUGUAAAAACAAAUGCACUCUGUAUUUUAAUGCACUGUUUUUUUUCUUACCUACUGAUAAUGCCAUUGGUUAAAUAGCUUCAUGCCACUGCCAUGAAUACUGUCCGUUUUGUGGUUGGUGCAGGUUUUUUCCUGCUUGAUCAAAAAAGUGCAUGCUUUGAUAUAUGGAAACAAAUAUUGUGGUACUUAAUUGCUCUCUUGUUUGUUGAUCUUUUCUGUUGCUGUUUUUUAACCUUUUUGAGUUGUUCCCAAAGCAACAUUGGAGGAAAGCCACGGAGUUUGAGGGCAGAGCAUCGUUUAUGCUGCUCUGGGGGGAACAAGAAAGAGGUUGUAGGAGGGAGACAGAAGAGCAGCCAGUAAAAACCUGGAUGAGGAUCACUGGAACUGGACACGACCCAGAAGACCCUCCUCAUCCUCCCAUAUGUCUUUGUGUACGUGCACACGUUGGGCAGACACACAUGCACUGCAACACUGAGCCAUGUGCGUCUCCGGGUUAGAGGAGGAAGCACACUUUGCUUCCACUGGGUCCGGCCCACUCCCUCCCCAGCUAUGUUCGUCCUCCAGUAACCAUCACAGACCUCUCCCUUCUCUGCUACCCCUCGCUCCCUCGCUUGCAGGGGAGGGACUUUGAUGUCCGAUUCUGAGGGACUCAGGGAGUGUUAUAAGGUUUUGGUUUGGGGGGGGGCUGUACUGUAGGUCAGGCCAACCCCACUCUGAUAUCAACAGUGCACCAAUGGUGGAACCGCUGUCCUGAAAUGAGAAAUGUCCAACAGCUGAGAUGCAUUAACAUGCUCUGCUGAGGCUUACCUUAAACAAUGCUGGCAUGAAAUCACCAUCACACCUAAUCCCUCUCUUUGGCUGUCACUCCAUGUGUCACGUUUUCUUUGAGAGAAAGCACUGAUGUGAUAUAUUUGUCGAACACUGUUAUACACUGAUCGAGGCUGAUGUUCGUUGCACAAGCAAAUACAGUAUGAUGAUGUAAAUGUGUAAAAUACUCUGUUGCUGUGCUGAUGUUGUUCCAAUGUAACAUACAGUAUAUAUUAUAUUUCUUGAGAAAAAAAAGAUGGUUAUCACAGACACAUUGUUCUUUGUGGAUGCAACAUGUUUCAUGCUUUCCAUGCAGAUACAUAUGCUGUUGGUUAAUUGUCUUCAGAUAUAAUUAUGGGCCAAUACUGCUGUGACAGCUGUAGCCAAUGUUGUAUGUUCUUGAAGCACAGGGUUUAGAUUAAAAAUAAUAAAUAUAAUAAAAUAUAGUGUGACAGUGAAGAUAUGCAAAAGAUUGUAAUGUUUUAUAUUAAUCUUCAUAAAAUAUUAAAGUGAGUUUUUACUUUUCUAAUAAAGUGGCACAUUACAACGUG